AUGCAUCUCCUAGGCCGCCAUCUCCCAGACCACAAGCCCCUGCGAAUCGCCUUGACAGCCUUUUAUGGCAUCUCGCAUCCAACAUCGGCAAACCUCCUUGCCCGCCUCUCAAUACCCCUCGCGACCCGCGUGCAGGACCUCACCGAGCCUCAAAUCACUUCCCUCUCCUCCUUCCUCUCUUCGCCAUCCACAUCGUCUAGACCAGCCGAUACGCCAUUGUCAACGCCGGGUGCAGGACCGAGCUCGACCCGGAUGGCGGAUCCGCUGGAUGGGCUCUUGAUUGAAACGGACCUCAGGAGAAAGGUGCAGGGUGAUAUCGCCCAUCUGAGACAGGUCGGGACAUAUCGGGGGAGACGGCAUGCGCUGGGUCUUCCUGUGCGAGGCCAGAACACGCGGAAUAAUGCAAAGACAGCGAAGAAGAUGAAUCGUGUCGAGAGGAGACAUUACUCUACGUAA